AUGAUUACAUUUUUAGUACUUCUUUACAAAGAUAUUGACAAAAAUUGUUAUUCAAGCGAUGGGAAAAUCCUUACAAAAGUUAAUGAUCCAUCACCAAACCUUAGAAUAUCUUCCAUAUGCGAAAUCAUCCAAGAUAAAUGCUUUUACAAUCUCAAAACUAUAUCUUCAUUUUCAUUUGGAGAAAAUUCUAAUUUAACAACAAUUGGAGAGAAUAGUUUUAGAGGAUGUCGAAAUCUUACUAUUAUAAAUCUAUCAUCCUGCACCAAACUUAAAAAAAUAUCUUCUUCAGCAUUUAAUUCCUGCUAUAAUGUCACUCAGAUACUUUUACCAGAGGGAAUCAUUGAAAUACAACGCUUUGCAUUUGCUUCUAAUUAUCAAGUGACAAGUAUUAUCAUACCAGCAUCUGUUAAAAUAAUAUAUGAAUAUGCAUUUUAUGACUGUUCUAAACCACAAAAUGUUACUUUUGAGGAAGGAUCAAAUUUAGUUUCAUUAGAAUUGAAUGUAUUUUCUAGAACUGCAAUUACUUCGUUUCAAAUUCCAGAAAAAGUUUCUAAAGUUAAUGGAUAUGCAUUUAUGGAUGGAAAAUUAACAAAUAUUUCAGUUCAUCCGAAUAAUAACUACUUAACAACAGAUGGAAAUGCUGUUUAUUCAAAAGAUAAAAGUAUUUUAUUUUUUAUUUUAAACAAAACAGGAUAUGAAAUUCCAAAUUCUGUCACAACUAUAGGAGAAAGAUGCUUUUAUGGAUCAUCUAUCAAAACAAUUACAAUCCCAAUAAAUGUGAAAAGGAUUGAACAUUUUGCUUUCAUGUCUUGUAAUUUGAAUAAUGUUACUCUUUUAGGUCCAUUAGAUUACAUUGGUCAUCAAGCAUUUGAUUAUUGUUAUAGACUUGAACUAAUUAUUUUCCCUAAUUCAUCAAUGACUUUUACAGGAGCUAAUUUUAUUACAACAAAUGUUGGAUAUAUCAAAUUAUCAUUCACUUGCAAAACUCUUUUUUCUCGUGAUUCAAUUAGAGAAAAUACAGACGUUUCAAUUUCAUAUCUGAAUAAAUCAAAUCUUAUUAUUACACCAAAUUGCUUGAUUAUGGAUUCCGAUCAAACCAUAAUUUAUGAAUAUUGGGAUACUAUCCUUACUAUUCUUUAA